AUGGACCAGUAUCAUCUCAGUGAUGACAGCUCACUCCAUUCUGAAAUUCAGCUUCCUGAAUUUUCUGGGAACCAGGCUUUGGACUGUAGCGAUACAUUCAGCCAUGAUCUUUGUCCAGAUAUGAGAGACAUGAUUUAUGCUGGACUGAACAAUCUGGAUGUGGAUCCCAGCCUUUCAACGACAAACAUAAACAGCGAUUCAUUGGAAGACAACCUGGACACCUUGUCUUUGUACUCAGUAAGAGACUGUGACUCUGCUAAACUCCUUGAUGAUUGUGACACAGACUCACAACCGCUAUUGCAGGAAUUGGGGCUUUCCGCCCCUUCAGCACCAAAAGAAAUGGAGCCAGGAGGCAGAUCCGGUGCUGGCAGCGGAAAAAAGGGAAGACCCCAACAGAACGCGCUUCAAGCCGCUUUCUUGGACUGCAGCCUCUGUGGGAAGGUUUUCAGCAGCACCAGCUCCCUCAGCAAACACUACGUGACCCACAGCCAGGAACGGAAGCACGUCUGUAAGAUCUGCGGCAAGGCCUUUAAGAGACAGGAUCACUUGAGCGGCCACAUGCUGACUCACCAAAAAACAAAGCCCUUCAUUUGCAUAGAACAAGGUUGCAACAAGAGCUACUCGGACCAUCGAUCGUUGCGCCGGCAUUACGAAAUGCAUCACGGCCUGCGGCUGUUGAAAGACGAGGAAGCCUGUGAGAGCACGACGCCUUCCCACGACUCGCUCGCCCAGAUGGGACAGACCGGCUUGAGAGCCGCAGAAAGCUUGGCUGCUCACCCAGACUCGCCAGGGCCCAACAAUUCCAUCCUGCCCAACCGAGACUUGCUGAGAUGUAUUGUCAGUAGCCUGGUGGGGCCAAAGCUGCCGUCCACCCCGUCGUUGUCGUCUGUCGGACAGAGUGAAACUGACCCUCGAGGACCCUUGCAACCUUGCAGCUCGGUCUACGGCCAGAUUUCGUGCCUUCCCACCAGCGCCGCAGCGGUCAGAGAAACCCCCGGCGAGAAAGCCAUGAAGGAGAUUUACCCUUGCCAAAAGAACGUGCCUUCUUCCAGCAUGUACACGAUCAUCAACACCGGGAAUUUAUCGAUACUGGGGCCCUCGGAAAGCCGUACAAAUUUCCCCGACCGGCCUCCCCAUUCGGAACGCGAGCUCCCUUUAGAAAGCAGCGCUUUGGAAUAUUGGUCCAACAGCGGCGUCCCUCGUUUUCCCUUACUCCGAGGCCAAAAGGUCCCCACCACCACUCCGCAGCCAAGCGGCAGCGUCCCGUGGGCCAGAAAUGCGCCUCCAGUUGGCCCCAAAACCAAAGGACAUGGUCUCUACAUGGCUCAACUGCCUUCUGCUGGCCAUGAGGCUUCUCAAGGGAUGGUGGGGCCACCCCACGCGUUUGACUCCGCGAGACCCAGCUUCGAGUGUCCAGAUGUUUUACCGUUCCCCCCGGCUUCUUUGAAGACCCAAGGGGAAGCUUCUGCAGAGGCCAAACUCAGAUGCUUUGAAGAGACCUUUAGUCCAGCGGCCAGACUUUCGGACGUCCCAAAGCAUAGCCUCCUCCAGAAGGGCGAGGCCGCGCCACUCUUCCGGCCUCUCUUCGCGAAACCCCAGGAAUCCUGUCUGAACCAGGACCAGGUGCAAGUCCAGAGUCAUCUUUUCCAGAGGAUCACCAAAUCUCAACACAUCGUGUCCCACACCAAGGUGCUGGCUCCGUCCAAGCUGGCAGCUGCGGGGGUCGACCCGGGGGGAGCCAAGUCAGCUCCCCAUGGCUUUCAGCAGCAGAAAGAUUUGGGUCGCCCGGCGGCGCAGCCGGUGGGGAACGACGGGCCUCCUUUGACUCCGUUUCAAGCAGACUUUCCAUCGGAUCUCGAAAAGCUGCCUCUGCCGUCUUUUCCGUCGUCUGCCGCGCCCUCUGGAACCGCGAGCGGCAUUUCUCACGCGAAGCACCCCCGGCCUUUGAAAAGAUGUCUAGAGUGUAAAGAGUUUCCCAGCCCUAGUCAGUCCGCCUCGUAUGAAAACACCCCAGGAAACCACACUUAUGGGAAGCCAAGGCAGUUGGAAAAAGACUCCCCUUUGCCAAGAAAGAGAGAGAAGACCAAGGCCUGCCCUAAAGAGUUGGGCAGCAAGGGACACUCUCGCAGCGGUAGACCCCGCCGGAAGGAGAAACCCAAGUUUGACAUCGCAUCCAUGGCUUCUCCCAGCCAAGUCGCCAUGGCUUCCUUUUCUUUGCCCAGUACCUCAUUUGAUAGCGGGUCCAGAGGGAAGCCCAAGCUGACGAUUUUCAACAGAAUUCAGGGUGGAAAUAUCUACAGCUUUACGAAUGCGGUCAAAGAGGAAUGCUUUUCCCCUGGAUGUAGUAAGACUGAGGCAGAUCUUGGAGACAGGAAUGAGAAAGGGAACAGCUUUCGCUGUGCAACCUGCCAUCAGCUGUUUUAUACCGAAAGGGGCCUGAACAGUCAUAUGUGUUUCUAUGGUGAGCAGUGGCAGUCUCCGUCAGGGAAGGAAAAGCAGCAGGUGAACGAGAAGGAAAGCCAGGAUGAUAAAGAUCUUCAGGAAGGCAUGCCCCCCAAGAAGAAGAAGAAGAGGGCUCAUCCCAAAUCCCUGCUCAUCCCGCCUCCUUCACCUGCUGGGAGUGAGAUUCAGCCUGGUCCCGGAGGAUGCUACCAGAGUAACCUUCGCUCACCUGUCUUCCUCAUGGACCAUUUUCUUCAAGGCUUAAUGCAGUUCUCUCCGUACACACCACCCCCAAUGCUCAGCCCCAUUCGGGAGGGCUCCGGGCUCUACUUCAACACUCUCUGCUCUGCUUCUACAAAUCCCACUCCUGCCUCGAUGUACACCUCUGUUUUAGAUGGAAUGGAUGGAGCCUUUCUAUUCUCCCUUGUGAAAGAUACUACCAAAAUUAACAUAGAACCGCACAUUAACAUUGGGAGCCGGUUCCAGGCGGAGAUCCCGGAUCUCCAAGACAGAUCAAAUCUAGAGGACUAUGAGCACCCAGCCUCACUUGUCUGGAAGCCCUGGGGAGACAUCGUCACGAAUAAGGAAACCCAAAAAAGAGUGGCAGAUCUGCUAAAGCUGGCCUGCUCCAGUGCGAUGCCAGGCGGAGGGACCAAUUUGGAACUAGCCAUACAUUGUCUCCAUGAAGCCCAAGGAAACAUUUUGGAAGCGCUGGAGAUGAUGCUACUCCAAGGGCCACAGAAGCCUCCUGGCCAUCCUCUUGCUAACUACCAUUACUCAGGUUCACAUCUGUGGACUCCUGCUGAGAAGCAGUUGUUCAAAAAAGCCUUUGCCUUGCACAAGAAGGACUUCUACCUCAUACAGAAGAAGAUACAGACUAAGACUGUUUCUCAGUGUGUCGAAUACUACUAUAGUUGGAAAAAAAUAUUAAAAUUCGACUGCAACCGAGCGCCAGUGGGAGAAAAGAGAGCCAGGACUGAGCAGGAUGAGCUAGAAUUGGAUGAAGAAAAGAUUGUAUGCAGCCCCAAGAAGAGGCACUGCCACCUGCCUGAACAGGAGAAUAAGCUGAAAUCAAGGAGUUACAAAAAAGCAGCGCAUGGGGCCUUCAGCCCAACCAGCAGCCAGAAGGACGUUCUAGAUACACCCAGAAGCACAGGCAGUCAGGGUGUAUUCCCUUGUAAAGAGUGUCCCAGAGUGUUUGACAAGAUAAAAAGUCGGAACGCUCACAUGAAGCGCCAUCGCCUUCAGGAGCAAAUGGAACCGAUGAUAAAGAUUAAGUGGCCCAUCAAGCACUUGAAAAACGAACCGAAGAAGGAAGAGAAAACCUUGAGCAUGGAUUUCCUCCAGUGGUAA